AUGCCCAGACGCUCCAUCCGUCUACUAGGCUACACCGCUGCUGCCACCGGCAUAGCCAGCUACAGCAUCCACUGUGGACUCAGCCAUCUGGAAGAGAAAUACUCAGCACUUCCUACUGCCGCAGCUAGCAGAGCCUUCCGCAAACCACAGAGCCCAACUACCCAGCGCUGCGCAUAUACCGACAUCUACGCAGCACAAAUACCACUUCAAGCCCUCGAAGCACGCGUCCCAAGCCCAAAGACACCAACAAAAACAGAGCUCGAGUAUGCUUGGGCUAGAUCCGUCCUCGAAAGCAAGGUUCUACGAGCCGAGGGAUCUAUCCUAGGACUCCUCACGAGUUUCCGCUUCACACCGUGCGAUACAGGCAACUCCGUGGACGGAUUCUCGCCGGACAGAACCACUGGUGCGCCGCGCGUUCUGCUGAAUGGUCUAUUUCAAGUGCAGCGGCUCCCAGCCGCUGAUGCAGAUAGCAAUGGACUGCUGGUCUCGUCAAAAUUGCCAGACGAGCCCCGCGAGUUCUUUGAGAAGAUUGCGCGGUGGGGGUAUCCUUGGCGCUUGAUGUCGUGUGUGCGACAUGAGAUGAGUGUUUCGGAGCCGUUCCGGGUAAAUGGAAAGGGUAUGUUUGUUGAAGUGCGCUUUGCAAGUGCGCACGAUUAUGAGGUUGUGGAUGCAGAGGGUGAGCUGGAGAAACAGAAGAUUAUCCCAGCUUGGACUUUAAGGUUACAUCGUGGGUAUGCUAGGUUCGUUCUUGAUUCCACUGUUCGAGAGUUGCAGCGAAAUGUUGAGAAAUAA